CUUUCCAUUCCUUUUCCAAGAAAAAGUCAGCGCAUCUCACCUCUCUCUCUCUCUCCCUCUCUCUGAGAACCUUUUCCCACCUCCUCUUCCCGUUUGUCAACGCCUCCGUCUCGCUUUGCACGCGGUGGAACAUAGGCGGAGCUGGAGCUCGGAUUCCCGUCGGAGUGAAGGUUCUGUGGCGAUCCGUGGGCUUUGUGGUUGGUCUCGCCGGAGAUGGCCGACGAUGACUGGGAUCUGGGCGCGGUGGUGCGGAGCUGCCGGUCGUCGGAGACGACGGAGACGGUGGCACCGGCGAGGGGUAACUUCUUUUUGCAACCUCCGUCGGCGGUGCCGCUCGACGUGGAACAGCAGGAAGCAGCGGCGGAGGGAGGGGAAGGUGGCGCUUUUGUGGGCUGGCCAGAUCUGUUCCGGAGCCGUGACGGCCUUCAGGAGCUGGAGGAGCUCUACAAGCCCUUCUUCCCCAAAGUCCAGCAGCAGCAGCCGCGGGGGAGUCCGUCGUGCCCUUCCCCUGCCUCUGUGGCGGGGCCGCAUCAACCGCCGCCGUCCCGUCAGAGUCAGCGGCCUCCCUCCCAGAUCCCCCGCUCCAAACGAAGGAAGAAUCAGCAGAAGAAGGUGGUGUGCCACGUCCCCACCGACGGGCUCUCCUCCGAUGUAUGGGCGUGGCGUAAGUACGGCCAGAAACCCAUCAAAGGCUCUCCAUAUCCUCGGGGAUACUACAGGUGUAGCAGUUCGAAGGGUUGCCUUGCUCGCAAACAGGUGGAGCGCAGCCCGGCGGACCCGGCCAUGUUCAUCAUCACCUAUACCGCCGAGCACAACCACCCGGUGCCCACCCACCGCAACACCCUCGCUGGCAGCACCCGCCACAAGUUCUCCUCUCCUGCCUCUGCCUCUGCCUCUGCCUCAGCCCGAGAAGACGGUGGCAACCCGACCUCAAGCCCCCCGUCGUCGUCCACCGCGGCGGGUCUCUCCCCCACCACCCCCCUCACGGCCUCCAUGGAGGACCGCAACGACGGGGAGGACGAGGAGUUGGACGAAGACGAAGGAAUGCUACUGGUGGAGGACAUGGAGGUCAUGAGCGAGCAGGACCUGCUCUUCAUGGGCGGCGCGGAGGAAGCAGGCCCCGCCGCCCCCGCUUCGUCUGCGGAGGUCGCGGAGUUCUUCGGCGGCGACAGCGGGCCAGGGGACCGCUCCUUUUCCCCCGCCGUGUCUGCCUAACAGUGACAACGCGGCCACGGCAACCGGUGGCAACCGAUUCUUCUUCCUCCCUCCAUUCUUGUGCUGGCAGAGAGCCGAGAGCAGAGCGAAGAGGAGAAAAAGAGAGAAAUAGUAUGGAAGCCAACAUCUUAUCCGUCCAUUUUCACCGUUCAAAAAUCUCGACCAUUGGUUUUACUCUUUCAUUGUUUAAAUUGUAGAAAAAUAAAAGGAAAAAAGUUAGUCCCAUGCGAUCCCCUCUCCGUCCCUUUUCCCUUUCACGAUUGGUUUGCUGUAUAAAAACGAGUUCUUUCUCCAAG